AUGUUAAGUGAUACAUCAAACGACCUCCUAGUGCUCUGUGAGUGCAGCGGAACAGUAACCAAUUCAAAUGUUCCCCCCGAAAUCCCCCCAGAAGAGGGAGUGAAAGCAUGGCCAAUCUAUAUUGUGCCUGAGGAGCGAGACGUAAAUGACGAGUUCAACGCUAAACUGCACGCGCUGCUCCAAGCUGAGGGCAAGUCAAUGGGAGAUAUGAGGGCCCUAUUCUCUGAACCAGAGCCAGCCCCCUCUUCCGUGGAGUCCAUCAUCCGUGCUGUUGGUGACCUGCUAGACAAAACAUCAAAGCCCCCGUCAGAGAGUGGAGGAUACCGACGCCUGCGCACCUUCUCCGGUACUGUGCCCACCCCAGCAGGGGAAGAGCCGUUCGACCACUGGAUGGAGCAGGCCUACCUGAUGGUGGAGGAGAGUGACUGUGCGCCCAAAGAGAAGCGGAGAAGAAUAAUGGAAAGUCUAAAGGGGCAGGCACUGGAAGUAGUGAGGGCUGUGCGCUUAUCCGAACCCGACAUCACUCUAGAAAAAUGCUUGGAAGCUCUGGAAAGUGCGUUUGGACUAGCAGAGUCAGGAGAUGAUCUCUACUUCGCGUUCAGACUGCAGUGCCAACAAUCUGGAGAGAAGCUGUCCGAUUUCCUAAGGCGACUGGAGCGCACUCUGUCCAAAGUGGUGCAACGAGGCGGCCUCCCGGCCAGCAACAUGGAUCAAGCUCGAGUGGAGCAACUGCUUAAAGGAGCAGUGGAUGCUGACCUGAUGAUGAUCCAGCUGCGGCUGAGGGAACGGAGGGAUAACCCGCCCACGUUCCUGGAUCUGCUGCGAGAGAUCCGCACAGAAGAGGAGUAUGAAGCCUCCAGAGCUAAGCUAACUCAGUCGACAGUGUGCUGA